AUGUCCACAACACAGCUACUGAUCACUGCACUACUGACGAUCUUGCUUUACCGCGCCACGGCCGCGCAGAGCUGGGAUCGCGCAUACAUUAAGAACUUUUUACUGCCAAUCAUGCAGUACGUACAACCGCAGGAAAUCGCUUGGUUCAUUAGCGAACAGCUCAGCAAAUCGAUAUACGUUGAUCUCGAAGAAUUUAUAGUGGAUUUCGAUGGCGAACUCAAGCUAACGCAAACGGUAGUGACGCACCGCGCCGACAAGCCUUUUGUCGCAACAGAAAUGAAGAAAACUAUAAUCUCUAUAGUUUUUACCACCGGACCCGAUGAUGCCAUUAUGGACGCACACGAUCGUGCGCUACUAAGUCGUCACAACACACUCAGCUUUGUCAUUAUGUUGGAGAAAAUACCAGAUUUUGGUGUUGUUGUACAAUUUUUGCAAGAUCUCGAGCGACAUAAAUUUCAAAAUCCCUUGCUGUACUACGUCAGCGAUGAUGGACGCAAUCACGUUUACAGUUAUACGGUAUUUCCGAGCUUUGAAAUUAUAAAUCGUGCCAACUACCUUGAGGAAUUGUCAACAGAUUAUACACGCUCUGUGGCUGGCGGUUUGGAUACCUUUGGAUACAAAAUAUGUACUCCACUACGGCAAGAUUUGCCGGGCGUAUUUCAUGCUCCGAACGCAUCCAGCAAAAUCGCGACUUGGCAGGGUAGCACUUUCAGUUUGCUCAAACUCUUUGCGGAUUAUAUUAAUGCGACGCUGGUGAGUUAUGAAAUGCCGAAAGAUCGGCUGGGUGGCAAUGUCAUCGACAUGAAGGCCGCCAUGGAUCUGUUGCGUCACGAUGAGAUUACUUUUCUAGCGCAUGCUUACGCCUUAUUCUAUGAGGAUGACGACAUUAGCUUGAGCUAUCCCAUAGGUGUGGUGCGGUGGUGUCUGAUGGUGCCGAUUUGGAAUAGUGUUACAACGAUAUUUUAUCCAUUGGAACCGUUCGAUGAGCUCACUUGGUGGUGUAUAAUUGUGGUUUUCGGUGCCUUGCUGUUGGUGCAGACCUUAUGUUGUCUUCUACAAGGUACACAUGAGUUGGCGGCACGUUUAAGUGAUGGCAUUCUGCGUAGCUUCUGCUUGAGUACGGGCAUGAGUGCUCCCAGCUUGAUGGCGGCACCAAAUGUUUUGGAUUUUUUCAUUUUUACCACAUUUUUCUUUUAUGGUUUCUUUCUCACCGCCAACUAUACCUCAUUACUGGGCAGCAUACUAACGGUCACUUCAUUUCGUGCGCAAUUCAACUCGAUGGAUGAUCUUAUAACGGCAAAUCUCACUGUGCUCAUUAUCGAUUAUGAAUUGGAGUUUCUGCACUCAAGUGGCCUAGCGCUACCAGCGAAUUUCUCACGUCUCAUCCAACCAGUGGAUGCGGCCACAUUCAUCAAACAUCAGUACGACCUCAAUACGAGCUUUGCGUACUUUGUGACCGAGGAAAAAUGGCACUUUCUCGACUUGCAGCAACAGUAUCUGAAGCCAGGCAUCUUCAAGUUCAGCAACAUUUGCUUUGGUUCAUUCUUUCUGGCCUUCCCCAUGAAGCGUGAUUCGCUCUUCUAUCGCAGUCUACAGUACUAUACGUUUCGCAUGCAUUCUUCUGGUUUAAUGCAUCAUUAUGAGCGUACUGCCUUCGAUUAUGCAACACAUGCGGGUCUAGUCAAGCGUUUGGCUCAAAAUGCGGAGUACACUUCGGCAGGCAUGCAACAUUUGACUGUCGUAUUUCUCAUGCUCAUUACGAUGUAUGCGGUGGCUUUGCUUGUUUUUCUGCUUGAACGUUUAUGUCAUAGACUCAUCGAGAGCACUGUCUUACAGAAAAGUGCGCUGCUCUCACUCAGGAGUACCGCAGAGUGUGUUAAGAAGUAG